AUGGAUAAAGAAAGUCCUAAAGGGAGACAGGGAGUUGGCCAUUUUGGAGGCCAGAGGGUUGAAGCUGUGUUCCUGAAGGAUCAGGAUGCAGGGAAGCCUCAUUGCUGUGACCCCUGGACAGGCCCAGGACACAGGGCGGAAGCGGAGAGGAUCCCGAAUAAGAUAUCCUGGGGGUUCAGGGUCCAGAGAUCGGAUUCCGGAGGAAUGAGGCCCUUGCUCCUAAGGGGAAGAAAGAGCAGAGAGCCUCCCUGGCAUCUGAAGGACUUGGGAAGGGAAAAGGUCUUAGUGAGAUGGAAUCGUCCCGGCCACGCCUCCGUUGAUAAGAUGUUCCAGUUUGAAAGAGUUUACAGUCAGGGGGAGUCUCAAAAGGCCAUCUUUGUCGACGUAUGCCCCCUACUCACAUCCCUCUUAGACGGGUACAACGUUUGCAUUAUGGCUUACGGACAGACGGGAAGUGGAAAGAGCUACACGAUGCUGGGGGCACAGUCCCAAGAUGAUCCUGCGCUUCUGCUGGAAACUGAGCACAGUGUAGGAAUUAUCCCCAGGGUCGCCAAGGAGCUUUUCAGGCUCAUUUCAGAAACUCCCUCCCAGAGCCACUGGGUUGAGGUCUCCAUCGUGGAAGUUUAUAACAAUGAGAUUUGGGAUCUCCUGGCCAAAGACAGUUCUGGAACAGUGCUGGGUGUCAAGCGAGAAGUUAUCACAACCAAAGACGGAAAGAGUGAGGUCCCUCUGCUGACCUACGUGUCGGUCACGAGCGUGGCUGAACCUUUGGAGCUCAUUAGUCAAGGUUUGCAGCUGAGAGCCAAGCAGCCAACACUGGCUUCUCGCUCACAUCUGGUCGUGACACUGACCCUGACAAAAAUCACCUCUUUGGAGCUUCGGCCGGGCUGCUUCCUGACCCGCACUCCGAUCCCAACCGACCGGAGCGACGAGCUUGUCCUUCCUUCUGCAGGUUCUCCUCCCGCACCAUGUCUCAGUGAGGCUCCGGAGAAACUUAAGCGGGUCCAGACCAAAUUACAGCUGGUGGAUUUAGCUGGCAGCGAAUGCGUUGGGACGUCGGGGGUGACGGGAGCCGCCCUGAGAGAGACCUCGUUCAUCAACCGCAGCCUCUCCGCCUUGGCCGACGUGCUGGGGGCGUUAUCCAAGCAGCAGGCUCACGUUCCGUAUCGAAACAGCAGACUCACCCACCUGCUCCAGGACUCUAUCGGGGGCGAGGCGAAGCUGUUGGUGAUGCUGUGUGUGUCCCCCAGCCCGAGGGCUCUGGCGGAAACGGUGCAGUCCUUGGGGUUCGGGAGCCGGGCCAGGCAAGUCCAGCGUGGCCGAGCCAAGAGGAGGAGCGGGCCCGUGGCCGGAACCCCAAAAUGAAGGAGGAGGUCGGAUGAGAGGCCAGACCCUGGACUUCCUCCCACUGGACUGGGAAUUUUCUAUCAGAGAGCCAGUUCCUCCACCUG